AUGUCCGCCAUUCUCCGCAGACUCCAAGGGGGUAACCUUGAAAUCUUCAAAUUCGGCAUGUAUGUGAUUUUCCCCAUCGGCUGGAUGUAUUACUUCGGCACAAACCUCGACGAGCGCUUCAGCGUCCCCGGCUUUUGGCCUACCGCCGAGCAAUCACAUAAAAUCCCGCUGGAGAAGGAAGAUAUUGAUAAAGAGCUGGCGCGCAUGCGCAUGGCUGAUGCGCUGAAGCGGGAGAGGCGGGAGAGGCUGCAACAGCAAGAGUUGCGCGCGCAACCGCAAGAGCAGGCGCAAGUUCAGAGCCAGGGUUCGGAGUGA